AUGCCUCCGCUCUCCAGGCUCCACUUCGCGGUUCCUGGCGCCGAUAGUGGCGGCGGCUGUGACGAUGGCGGCGAGCGGGGUAGCGACCGGCCGCUGUUCCCUUCCUGCCAGGAGCAUUUCCUCGACUUUGUUGCCCUGUCCAAGUGGUUACUCGAGCAGCUAGGUGGUGGCGGUGGCGGUUACGCUGGGUUCGAAUCUGCUGCUACGGACGCGCCCGUCGCCGUCUGCGCGGACAUCCUCCAAGCGUGUCAGAGGUUGGGCUUUGAACCAUCGCAGCCUGACGAAGAAGUAGGAGAAGCGGUAGGAACGGGAUCACCAUCUCCAUCAGCAGCUUCACCAGCAGCAGCAACAGUGUCUCCGACAAACCUUGCGGUUGGCUCCGGGACAGCGGUGCUAGAGCUUCUGGGCUGGCUCUCACACGCCGUGCUGAUCAAGUUCGGCUCGUCCACGGAUGAUGGACACGUUGGCGGCGGCGGCGGCGGCAGCGGUGACUCGGAGGACGGCGAGGCGGUCUCGUGUCCGUGGGGAAAGGGCUCAUCUACCGACGGCCUCGCCUUCAUGGGAAGCAUGAUCGAGCCUACCGUGGACCCGGCCGAGUGGCGCGCAGAACAAGAGAGGGUGGCGCCCAGGCUAGCAAGGGCGGCACCACCAGCGGGGUCGCUAGAGGUCGGGACAUAUUCCUGGGCGUCUCGUGUUGAGGUUUUCAGUAAGGCCGCUGCGGUAAUCUCGAGUGCCACUGCCGGUGGUGAUUCUCCUCCACAAGCAGUAGCAGCAACACCACGCUCGACAACGCCAGGCGGCCAAGGCAACGGCUACGGCGAUGGCUACAGCAGCAUCGGAGGCAAACACCGCAAGGACUGCUUAGAGUCGAUGCUGGUGCGACAUAGAGGCGAGGUGUUGCAGCAGCUCAUGGCAAUGACCGCCGGAGAGCAAAGAGUCAACAACUUGCACGGGGGUGGCAGCACCGGUGGCGGUGGCGGCAGCGGCAAUCUGCCGUGCUUCCAGGAAGAGGCUCUCCUGCUGAGGGACCAAGAACGCGCUCUCCUCGAGGAGCUGGAAGAGAGGAAGGCCAGGGUUGCGGCGCUGACCAUAGAGCUGCGUGAUGCCGAAGCCGCCGUCGAUGAGACAGAGGUGGAGGUCAGGGAGGCAGCCGCCGAUUGCUCCGACCCCACCAAACUGUUCAAGACCAAGUCGGCCAUUCGGCAGCUCAAGGCUGACGUCAAGGCCAUGGAUGUGCUGAUCGGGGCCAAGUCUGCGACCUUUUUGGGCAAGCAGCAGGGGGUGCAGCGGGCGGCGCGAGAAGCAGAGCAUUCUGCACCGGUUGGCAGCCGAUGGGGCGGUCUAAACUCGCGGGCUGGCGGAGGUGAAGGCGGCGGCGGAGGCGGAGGCGCAAGAACAACCUUGUCGACUCCAUCCCCGUCCGUAUCGCCUGCGUUAGUCGCUGGCAGUUCUUCCACCGAAGCCACAACCAACACGGCUAGCACCCCCUCGAGUGGCAGUAGCCGUGGCGGUAGCGGUGGCGUUGGCGUUGGCGGGGUAGUCAGACUCUUGGGAAAACCAAAGGCACCCGAAGUCGGCGACGGGGCAGGGGGUCCGAGGCGGGGCGGUGUUUUGAUCCAAGCGGCGAUGAGGCUGUUGGCGACAGGGCAAGGCAAUGCGACGGCAACGGCAACUCAAGGGCGGGCAGAGGCGGAGGCUGAGGUCCAAGCGCAAGCAUGGGCGGAAGCAGGGGCAGGUGGAAACAAUCAAGAUCACCAGAUGCUUGCCGGGAACAACUGUAUCCACGGGGACGACUGGCUCGACGAAAAGGAACGAGAAUAA